UGUAUUUGACACAACGCCCUUCUGCAUUUUGGUUGCCCCGCACACACACAAGCAACCAUUCCAAUUUAGGCAAAGGAACUGCCUCAGACGACAUCCGAAGGACACUCGCCCCAACAUACAAACACACACACUCACACACACACACGCACACACAUCAAAAUCAAAUGUGGAAAAUGUUUGAUAUGAUGGAUGCCGAGUUCUUAAUGUUCGAGUGCGAUGAAUGCGCCGGCAUGCCUCUGGCGCCCCCGCCACAGUUCCUCAUACCGCCGCCGCCGCGACCCCCGGCCCUGGCCGAGUACACGGUAGUGCCGCAGGACUGCAACGAGGAGCAAAUGGCGCAGCAGCAAUGGGAGAGCGACGUCUGCCAAGCCAUGCCGAUACUGGACGCCAGCCUCUACAGCAGUCAAUCGUUGGCCACCUCAGCUAUGAUUGCGGUCUUCUCACUGCUGUUGGUCCUAAUUGUGCUCAUAUCAUCGCUCUUUGUUUGGAAAAACAAGCGAAAGGUGCAAAAUUUGUUGCCCUGCAAGACGCCCACUCGCGGUCCCCUGAAUGGUGCCGUGCCGCUAGGCGGUGCCGCACACAGUUCACACGCGGCCAUGUACGAGGAUCCGGACGCGCAUUUGGGACACCAUCGACCACUCGUUAUGCGCCAUCAUCAUCACCAUCCGCACCAUCAUCAUUAUCAGCAGCAUCAUCAUGCCGAGAUGCUGCACGGGAAGAGCAUUCACUAUCCGAGUGGCUAUCCUAUGACGCGCUCACCGCCCUUUCUGGUCAGCUCAUCGCCUGGCCCGGAUCCCUAUCGCUCCAAUGACAAUGUCUACGAGGAGCUGGGACCAGGACGCGUGGACUCCGAUGGCGAAUCGGAGCCGCCACUGCACUCGGACGAUGAUUUCGCCGAGGACGAGUUGUCGCUGCCGGGCGAGUGCAGCUUCAAUAAGCUGAAUCCGACAGAUGUGGCCGCUGCCACGCCCACCGCCACGCACUCGACGCCUUAUCAUGAGCGCGCUGGCGGCAGUGGAGCGGCAGCAGCGGCCGUGGCUGCGGCUGCGGCAACAACAGCGACUGUGGAAAUUGCCGCACAGCCAGCGCCACAAGAGCGCCACAGCGUGCUCAGCUCCAGUUCCUCAACGUCCACACACGACGCCUCGACGGCCACGGCAGCAUCCUCCUGCAACAACAACAGUAACAGCAACAGCAACAGCCACAGCAGCAACAACAACGAUCAGGAGCGGCUGCCACGCGCCGUCGCCACCUCCCAUCAGGAUGAACUGAACACGUCCAGCAGCACAGCCGAUAUAGCGGAUAUAGCGCCCUUGUAUGACAAUCGCAGCAACAUGAUGUCGCUCGGCUACUUGCCACAGCAGCUCCAGCAGCAGCAGCAACAACAACAACAGCACCCACAACAGCAUCCCAUGACGCGCUCGACGGCGCCACAAUUCUACAAUACGCUGGAGAGCGAGGUGGAGCGUCGAAAUCGCAUUAACGCCCAUCUGAGUCAGUCCGCCGCACCGCCAGUCUCCACAAUAUUCCGCGAGCGCAUCCACUAUCCCGGCAGCGGGCGCUACCAGCCCCAGCAGGCGGCCUAUUAUGCGUCGAAUAGUGCGCAGGGCUUGCUGGCGGCCACGAUGCGGGCUCGCACCAAUCCCCGCCAGCUGGAUCGACGUCUGGCCCAUCAUCUGCCGGCGGCCCACCAGCACCAGCAUCAUCGCAUACAUGCCGCGCCCUUGAGCGGACUGGAGCCCGCCUAUGGCUAUGCGGAGCCGGUCUAUAAUGCCAACUAUUUCUACGACUCGGCCGGGGCCAGACAGCCGCACACACUGGCCUAUGCCUCCACGAAUGUGGCCACUCCUGCCUACAUAAUGCCCGACUAUCGCCAGCAGGGCAGCAUGCAUCCAACGCAACUCUACGGCCGUGGUGGCGGUGGUGGUGGGGACUCCUCUUUCGGCUCCGAUUCGGGUUAUAGUCACCAUACGCCUGCCUCGUCCAUCGGACGACACGAUUACGAUCUUGCCGAGCCGCUGCCGGCGCCCAAGGCGACCAGCAAGCUGAGCGCAGCCCUCAGCUUUGGCUGGCACCGCAACCGCAAACAGGGGACGGGAAAUUCCGGCAACUCGAGUCUGCGGAGCAGCAGCAAUGAGGCCACCAGUCCGAACAAUAACAGCGCCUGCUCCACAGUCACCUCCCAGCUCGAGCAAUGCUCGCAAUCGUCGGCGACGAGCGGCAACAAUAAUGUGAACGCCUCGCUCGCUGAAGCGUAGACUAGAGUCGAGGAAGUAGUCGUUGGUAGUUGAUAGGACUUUAGAGUGUAAGUAGCGAGAGAUCAGAUCCUUCAAAUCGUAUCGUGCAUAUUCCUAUACCGCUGUACAGUUAGUCAUAGUCAUAGAUAUAGAAUCAAUAUGAUGGAUAUGUACUUGUAUGUAUGUUUGUAGUUGAGGCGUGUAAGUGAAAGCAAUAGCCAUAGCAGCAGCUGCCACGCCCCCCGCGGCUGGCCAGUUGCCCUAAGUUUCUCGCUGUACAAAGUCAACAACAACAAAAAAACAACAACAACAACUAGUAGAGGACGAACUUAGUUUACUUUAAAGUUUAAACUGUAAUGUGUAAUGUGUAACUGAAAAUGAAAAUGAAGCAAAGAACUUAUAGUACUUAAGUGUUUUUCAAUGUGAUUGCCAAAUUCUAUAACUAAUUUAUAGCCUAUAAUAAUAGUAGUGUAUGCUACGAUGUAUGUAUUUACGAUAUAAUAAGCAAUUUCAACUGUAUGUGUAUCAAUUUUAGUUUGUAAUUUUAUUGUUUGUUAUUUUAGUUUUGUAAGCAACAACAACAACAACAACAAACGAAAACACCACAAAAAACACUUCAAAAAUAUACCAAAA